CCGCUCCCGGCCCGGGCGGGCGGCCAUGGGGAGCGGCGCCGGGCCCGGCCCCAGCCCGCGGCCGCCGCCCCGCUGAGCCCAUCGCGCCCGCCAUGGAGGCGGCUCCCGCAGGCCCCGGGGCGCCGGCGGCAGAAGACUCGCAGGACCUGGCCGACGCCGCCUGGGCCCCGGGAGCCUCCAAGCUGCCGCUGGAAGAGCCAGUCCUGCUAGCAGAGCUGAAGCCUGGGCGACCCCAGCAGUAUGACUGGAAGUCAAGCUGUGAGACAUGGAGUGUUGCCUUUUCCCCUGAUGGUGCCUGGUUCGCCUGGUCUCAGGGCCACUGCAUCGUCAAGCUGAUCCCAUGGCCUCUGGAGGAAGCUGAGCUUGGCUGCAGAACGAUUGAGCGUAAGAGCUGUAGCACCAAAGCUGACACACGAGGCCGAGGUGGUGCCAAGGAGAAAACACUGGAAUGUGGUCAGAUCGUUUGGGGUUUGUCCUUCAGCACCAGGGAGCAAGAUGGCUUGCAGGCUCCCAGCCCCUCCUGCCUGAUCCUUGCUACAGGUCUCAAUGAUGGGCAGAUCAAAGUCUGGGAGGUACAAACAGGGCAUUUGCUUUUCAAUCUCUCUGGGCACCAAGACGUGGUGAGAGACUUGAGCUUUACUCCCAAUGGAAACCUGAUCCUGGUCUCUGCAUCCCGGGACAAGACCCUCCGUGUCUGGGACCUGAGCAGAGAUGGUAAGCAGGUCCAGGUGCUGUCUGGCCACAUGCAAUGGGUGUACUGCUGCUCCAUCUCCCCUGACUGCAGCAUGCUGUGCUCUGCUGCUGGAGAGAAAUCGGCCCUCCUGUGGAGCAUGCGGUCCUACACCCUCAUCCGGAAACUGGAAGGGCACCAGAACAGUGUGGUGUCCUGCGACUUCUCGCCAGACUCAGCCCUGCUGGUCACUGCCUCUUAUGAUGCCUGUGUGAUCAUGUGGGACCCCUACACAGGGGAGCAGCUAAGGACACUCCGUCACGGUCCGCUGCACUCGGCAUUGGACUAUGGUACUGACAUCCAUGCCAGCUCCCUGAGGUCUGUGUGCUUCUCUCCUGAAGGCUUGUACCUGGCAACAGUGGCAGAUGACAGACUCCUGAGGAUCUGGGCAUUGGAACUAAGAACUCCAGUUGCAUUUGCACCUAUGACCAACGGCUUAUGUUGUGUGUACUUUCCACACGGUGGUUUUAUCGCCACAGGGACCAGAGAUGGCCAUGUCCAGUUCUGGACUGCACCCAGGGUCCUCUCAUCCCUGAAGCACUUGUGCCGUAAAGCUCUCCGCACCUUCCUAACUACUUACCAGGUCUUAGCGCUACCCAUUCCCAAGAAAAUGAAAGAGUUCCUCACGUAUAGGACUUUCUAAACCCUGCACAGGGACCAAAAAGACAGGAAGCUAGCUGGCUUCCUUCCUCACAUCCAUGCCAGGCCUUGGAAUGGAGGAUCUACCAGAGUCAUGAAGACCCACUGGGACUUGCAAGUGUUGAGGCAAGAAGGAUUUUUGUUCCCAAGUCCAGGGCUGAACAUGUAGGCUAUCCGAGUAACAGAACCCAGCACGAACACAAGCACUGGGCUGGGAUUGCUGGAUCUGCCUGACACUCAGCACAGACAGGUCCUUCCCCACGACAUCUGUGUUUCCAUUCACUAGGUACUGUCUUGGAAGACUCUGUAGUGAAUGCUGGGGAGGAGGGAGAUUUGUGGAGUCUUUGUCACUAGUGGAAAUGCAAAUUCAAACCCCCACUUUCCCAAAUGAGAACUUUUGCAUCCUAGACUGGUACUAAACACAGCAGUGACUUGUAUUCAUCUUUUUUUUUCCCCUUGGCCUGGUUCGUAGCUGGAUGAACCCAAACAACUCUUUGCAUGGAAGAGGGCCGACUUAAAUAAAAUUGUUGAGUCCCCCACUUCUCACUUCUUUGUGUUUAAGGGGAAAAGAUGCUUUUCCUAGUUUUGUUUUGGGGGUGAUAAUAGUAACCUGGUACUUUAGGGUCUUUUGGGGUGUGGGACUAGUCUUAAAACAGUGAGGGUAAACUAUCAUCUUCACACCAGUUGGAAAUAGCAUGUACUUGAGUGAGGCAGAUGCACACAACACUUGGCUCUUGUAUGUUCUAAAGCAGAGAUUUCUCCUCUGCCUGUGAUGAAGAGAAUCAGGCCAGGACUUCCCACAUUUCCCUACUCAUGACCCCACUUCUAAUUGUGAACCCCCUGUUCUGCAGGUGUAUUUCUGCCAGGCUUGAGACACCAGUUGGGGCUGUAAUCCCUCAGAUGAGAGGCUGUUUUAGGCUUCCCGGCCAGGGGUGGAUUAUUCCUUGCUUUUCCCAAGUCAAAUCCUGGUCUCUUCUGGAUGCGACUUCAUCUUUGCACAGCUUUUUUUUCUUUAUUUCUGUCCUCAUAUCUUCACCUCUCAUCUAUACAGUAAAGCAUGGUUAGUUUGUACAAGAACUUGUGAACUGUGCAAAUGAGUUGGUUGAGGGAUAAUACAAAAAAUGAGGAUAACCAGACAUUAGUUCCCUUAGGCUGACAGUCACAGUGGCUGAGUUGCCAAUGUAAUAUACCAACGAAUAUUCUGUGCUGCUUUUUGUAAGAAUGAUGAAUUCUUGGCACUAAGGCCAUGGCUCACACUUAGCUGCGAAAAGGCAGACAGAGGAUUAACUUUUCAUGCAGAUUUACAAGGCCCUACUGUCCUGUAUGCUCUUUAGUCACUUUCUCUCAGCCAAGGUAUGGCUUUCUGGAGUGGCAAGCUUCAGCUUUCCAGCCAGAGAUGAAGGCACUUCUUGUGUGCUUCAUGCACAACUUUGAAAGGAAGCUGAAAUACUUGUCCUUGUUUUAUUAGAUGUCCCUAGUUCACGGCUGGAGUAGCAGCACAUGUUCCUGGAAGUGUCUUAUUCCCUUUUCUUUAAUACAUACCUCCCCAUGCAUUUUUGCCAUGCAACUAGAAAGGUCCUAAACUACUUCAGUGCAUGUGGCAGGGAUUGACAGGAGGGGAAAGAAUAAUUUCUUCCUUGAAACUAUAGGGCAGGAUGCUUUUCUCCUCAGAAAAACUGUUACCCAUAAAUUGAAUGUAGACAGAUACUGGAAGCUUUCAUGUGAGAUUAGGUUUGGGGGGGGGGGGGGGGGGUUGAACACCUGGGAAUAUUGAUGAACACAAGUGAAAUGGUCCUACUCCAUGAUGGGUCAGUAGCAAAACAGUGAAGUCAUCUUUGAAGGGCCCAUCUAGCUCAGGCUUUUGCUAGCCUCCUGGCUAAGGAGAUGAGCAGAGGCUGAAGGCAGCUCUGCUAUGGAGAAUAACUUGAGACUGGCAGUAAAAGAUAAAGGAGCCUUUUCUGUAAUGCUGGGAGAGAAGGGAUGCUUUUUUCUUGUCCCAUAGCACUUAAAGUAUGUUUUGGCUAGAAAGAGGAGUCCCCUGGCAGAAAGGGGUGGGAAAUCCAGCCAUUUAUGUCACUGCCAUUCUUUUCUUCCCCAGCCCUACCUCAUGGUACCAUUGCUGUCCCUUCUUAGCUCAGCAGCACAAAUGACACUGAAGCAUCUGCCUCAUGAGCCAGCAGCAGCUCAGAAUGCAAAAGAAAGGUCUUGCCACUCCCAGCACUUCCCUCUCCUAUAUCCUCUGCACUGUAUGUAGAGCUUGGGGGGCUCUAAGACCACCCCUCUCCCCCAGUCCAGAGCCCUGGGGAGGGGAGAACUAGUUUCACUCUUACAUGAAGGUUCUCUGCACUGUUCUCCCACCACAUAUACAAAAAGCAGCAGUGGCUCUCCAUAACUGCAAGGAGACAAAACAAACUUUGACCAGAAGUGACAGCUACUGGAUGCUGUUCCUCCUAGGCUGCAAUGAAAAACCUGACUCAGUUAAGGACAAGGAAGCCCACAGCACAAAGCAACACCAGUUGGCAGAAUGUAGGCUGUAUUCUACACUGGCAAUAGUACUCCAGCCUUGUUUGAGGGUCCUUCCAAGGCCAGACUUGCUGCCAGAUCCAAGCAAGUUCCUCCCUGCUUCCUUCCUGCUCACUGCUGUCUAAAAAACCCAUCUGAACCAGCAACCUGUCAAGAUGGGGAAAGGAAUUACUGGUGGAACUACUUCGUCCCGGAAGACAGAAGCCUUCUUCCCCUUUAACAUCCCUACCCAUAGCCAGUGGAAGCUAGACUGAAUCCAGCUUUUCUCCCCUUUAAUAAGCAAGACCUUCAAGAUACUCUGGGGGCUAUGUGCCCAAGAUAAGCACUGGCCAGGAAAAAGAGCAUUACCUCGGUGCACAAACAAGUGGAUCUCAGUCAGGAUGUCAUGCAGUGCCAAUCCCUUCAGUGUCUUCAGCUCCAUGAUUCCUGAGGGACAAGUCAAGGAAUCUCCUCCUUGCUACCUGCAAAUGCCACCAAGACAAGGGCUCCCUACAGUUGCACCAGAAGGGCCCAAUCCUGUGAAAUACCAUGUACCAUCAGCUUCAAGUGAGAGAGUAAAAAGAAUGGAGGAUGCAGGGUCUGGCCCUUGGCUCCUGGCAGCAAUGCACAGUAUAUGCUAAGGCUGGAAAUAAAAGGGAACUAUGACAUGUCUGGAGACCAGACUUUACCUCACAGGACCACAAUAUCUAGAGCUUCCCCCUGCUGGGAGGGAGACACUAACUGUGAUCCAAAUGAGCUACAGUUACAGGGAAACUUUGGAAGAGAUGCACACAAAGAGGUGAGAUUUAUAAACAGAUACAGAAGGACAUAAUGGGGUUCCAUAAGGGUGCUGCUGGUGCAUGAUACUCCAGGGCAAAGUGUUUUGCAAUGCAAAAAGCCUUUAUUUCUUAUGAGUAUGGAGUGGUUAGAGAGGCUACUGCCCCAUACCCAUGCUAGCCCGAUGUUUCAGGGCUGCCUGAUCACUAGCUCCAAGCAUAGUUUGAAGAUGGCACCAAGGAUACUUUUGUAGGCCAUGGUGAAGUCCUGGUUCAGCAUCCAGUCGAGAAUAUUGGCAAUGUCAGACUUGAGGGGGUGACCGGUGCAAGUGUACACUGUUUCCUCUGUCACCUUCCCAAAGGCCAUGCUUGUGCUCUGC